AUGGAGAUUAAUGGCAAUAACAUUCGCAUUAACAACUUUGGUAAUAGAGUUGAUGGACCAUGGGUUUUUAGAAUGGCAGAACAAGGCUCCAGGAAAGUCAAAAUGUUUCUUGUGGAGAAACGAGAUAGAGACACUUUGCUGCCACUGUUGCUUAAACAUGUGGAUACGCAAAGUGUCAUUGUCUCGGAUGGAUGGAAGGCGUACUGUGGAUUAAUUUUGUAUUUUUGUGGCCACAAUGUGGUAAACCACAGUGAAAAUUUUAUUGACCCAACAACUGGGUGUCAUACUCAGUUGAUUGAGUGUAUUUGGAGCCACGCCAAACUUAAAAUAAUGGCGAAUAAAAGAGGAACAAUUAUUUCCUUAUUACAAAGUCAUUUAAGCUUUUUUUGCUUCUGUUACCGAUUUAAAGGAUCAAAGUUUGAGGUAUUUAUGAGAUUAUUAGGUGGCGAGCAUUAA